CAAUUAUCAAAAGAUAACUAUAAGCCUAUCUAUAUAUAUAUAUAUUAUUGUAUCAACUUGACUGGAAAAGCCCAAAUUCCUUGUAGUUAACUUGGAAUAGCUUUAAUGGACUCUCAUUCCAUCCUGAGUUUUAUGUGUUUGCAGCUUCUUCUACUCGGGCUGGCAGCCACCACCUCCGCAGGUUCAAACACCUCAAAAAUCAUCACAGCUCUACCGGGUUAUUCCGGCAAGCUGCCGUUUAAGCUCGAAACUGGAUAUGUUGGCGUAGGUGAUAACGAGGAGGUGCAGCUAUUUUACUGUUUUGUUGAGUCCCAAAGGAGCCCUCUGCGAGACCCUCUCUUGUUUUGGAUACCCCCAGGUCCCGGUUGCUCUGGAUUCAAGGCUCUUUUAUUUGAGAAUGGUCCUUUAAAGUUCACAAUAGGACAUUACAAUGGGAGCCUACCAACACUUGAAGAUAACCCAUGGACAUGGACGCAGGGCCUCAACAUCAUAUAUAUGGAUGCUCCUGUUGGUACCGGAUUCUCUUAUUCACAAAGCUUAGACGGCUACAUUAUGGACGAUUAUAAGCAUGCCCAACAAUCCUAUGAAUUUAUUCAAAAGUGGUUGAAUUUAUAUCCUCAAUUUUUGGAAAAUCAACUCUAUGUUGGAGGUGACUCAUACUCUGGCAAGCCUAUUCCAAUGAUUGUGCAAAAGAUUGUGAUUGACAAUGAAGCCGGAGUUGUGCCGAUGAUUAAUCUCAAAGGGUAUGUCCUUGGGAACCCAGUUACAGAUUCAUUCACUGACUCAAAUGCAAAAAUCCCUUAUGCUCAUCGACUUGCUCUUAUAUCAGAUCAACUUUACCAGUCGGCCAAAGAAAGUUGCGGUGGCAAUUUUGUGCAUGUAAAUUCUAGCAAUUAUCAAUGUUCCUCAGACAUUGAUGCUAUCGAUGAGCUGUUAAAAGAUAUAAAUGAUGUACACGUUUUGGAACCAGUAUGCAGUAAUGCAAUCCCCAAACCAAAUGAAGACAUGGAGUCUGUACGGAGAUAUCUCUCAGAAAAAUCAGACCCUGCACUUUGGUGUCGUAGUUAUAACCAUAUGCUGAGUGUCAUCUGGGCCAAUAACAAAGGUGUUCAACAAGCGCUUGGUGUUCGAAAUGGGACAAAAACCUCAUGGCAAGGAUGCAAUACCACCUUAGCUUAUACUAAGGACGUGACUACUGUUGUUGGUUAUCAUCGGAAUCUCACAAAUGCCGACCUAAGAUCUCUGAUAUACAGUGGUGAUCAUGACAUGUCAAUCACAAAUAUUGGCACGCAAGAAUGGAUCAAGUCUCUUGGUUUGAGUACAGAUGAAAGCUGGAGAGUAUGGUCUUUAGACGGUCAAACAGCAGGGUACACCGAGAAGUUUAUCGAUGAUUCUUUCACCUUGACAUUUGUGACUGUAAAGGGGGCAGGCCACCUUGCUGCAGAAUACAAGGUUAAGGAGUGUGCUGCCAUGAUAGAUAGGUGGAUGGCUUAUUUCCCUGUUUAAGUACCGUGACCAAUUAAAAUCUGUCACAGUAUGUUUGAUCAAUAAGAAAGUGAUCGGAGAAUUAGCAAACUCUAGAAAUUCUCUUUCGGUGUCACUUUGUUUGAUUCUGUUCAUAAUCAUGAAAGACAAUUUCUAGUGUCAUACAAUAAUGUUUGUAACCCUAUAAUAAUAAUGAAAAACAUUGUAGUGCCAUGCAUUGAUACCAA